ACCCAAGAAACAAAGACCUUACAAUAAAAUCGAACAAAAAUGAGCAACAUUAAUGUCAAUAUCGAGUGCCACCAUCGUCGAGGACUCCUCUACUAUUCGAAUCCUUGGCUUUGGGGAAGUCCUUGCCGUCGAUGCCGCCGCUUGAUGUCUCGUGGCGUUGUGGUGGUCCAAAAUCCAACUUCAGGGUGUGUUUCUGCUCAAGUGGCCAUGCCGCCAGCUAGAGGCGCCAUAACCACAACGGCCAAUGUGGUUCCAGCCCAAACAGCGAAUAAUUGGCAACAGCAACAGCAGUUCCAACAACAACAGCAAUUCCAACAACAACAACAAUUCCAACAACCACCAUUCCAACAACAACAGCAAAUGCCAUCCGCACUUCCUCCAAAAUACGAACAGGCCAUAGCCGCCCCUUAAAAGUGUAAAUAAUAUGUAUUAAAAAUAAAUAUAUUUAAGUUAAAAGAAUUCAUAGAUUUUCUUUGCUUAAAAAAGAUUAAACCUAAA